CUCUUUUGCAUCUUCGAACUACUGUGGUCUGUGGUUAAGUUUUUCCUCAUGUCGCGCUCACUUGAGGUGUCCAAGGCGUGGUGCUUGGGUGUUCUCAUCCUCGUAGAAGGUUUUUCCGCACUUCUGGGGCUUAUUGCAGGAUAUGUUAAAUUCAAAAAGGUGAACAGAUAUGUGAUGCCUGAUUGUAUUAUCCCCGGCAAUUUUGGUGGCGGUGGUGAAAAAUAUGAUUGUGAUGCGGGCCUGGCGGUGGUCGUUGCUCUCUCGAUAGCCAUAAUUUCCAUUGUGAUUUGUCAAGUCAUCUUUCUUGUAAUUGGAGGUUGUCACUUCAAAUGUCCUACAUCGGAUGAUCCUGAGACUCCUGAGAGUACCAAGAAAAUGAAGGUUGUUGGGUUUUUCUAUUUAAUGAUUUCCCUUUGUGUUGUAGGAUGUAUUCUUCUAGGGUUGGGAAUACCAAGAAAGGGGAAAUCUACACAAAAGAUGUGCCCCUCUAUACCUAAUAGUGACCCCACAACGGCUUACCCUCCAAGUUUUCAGGAACCCCAUACUAAAAAGGUGUGCCCUACAGCUGCUGCUCCUGCCAUUGGAGGUCUUGUGGUGUUCUUGCACAUCAUCAUCAGCACGCUUUACUAUGGGUAUGCAGACAAGAACAAUCCUAGUCCCCCAAGAUAAGCGACCCCUGCCCCACCAGUCUGCACUUGAUUAUAUAUAGUUUCAGGCCAUGUACUCCAAUUAGUUAGGCAAUUACUAAUUGAUUGCUAAGGACACAAUAUUACUAUUUUCUUCUUAUUACAUAACAAGUACGGAGUAUAUCACUAUAAUGGUGAUGCAUGGGAUCAUAUUCUUGUUCUUAUUAGUUUCGUUUUAGUGUUGAAUGAUUGAAAACUAUUAAUCUAAGAUCUAUAUUGUCCUCAAUUUUAUUAUUACUAUAUUUUAAAAUUUUAAAAUAUUAUUUAGUUUUAUUAGACUAAACUUUUGUGAAGAAAAUUUCAUCAAAAAUUAGCAAUGCAAUUAAUAAAAAAUUAAAUAAAUCAAAAUAUGUGGAACUUUAGGUCUUUUAUUGAUAGUUUUCAAUCAUUCAAAUCUUAUACAGACACACUUCAUCUUUCAAAUCCCGGA